GGAAAGUUUCUAAUUUCUUACCAGAAUGAAAUUCUGUCGGAGCAGGUUGUAGUAGUUGUACCAAGUCCAUACUGAUUCCCUAUCGUUUCUGCGCAAAUGCCGGGUGGAGCUAGAGACUUUCUUGCGUCCGUCACCAGUGCCGUGAGAAGAUCUAUCUGUCGAAUCUGUUGGUCUUGUUUCUGUAUAGUAUAGACCCAUUAGUCAGGAUUUCGAAAACAACUACCCUGUGUCCUACAAGUGCCUGCGCUUUCGAUGAUUCUGUCCUAGCAGCAAGAGCGUGAUCUUUCUGUGUUCAUUAAAAAAAGAAAGACGAAAAAUGCCGGACUACCAGAACGCGCAGCAGAGGUACCGGGCGCAGAUGCACGGCGGCGGCCUCUUCAUGAAGCACGACGACGAGGACGAGAGUUCGCCGAAGGCGAAGCGCCAGCGCGCCACGGCGGCGGAAGUGACUGAGCGGAAAAAACAGGAGCUGGCCGAUCGGGAAGCCAAGGCCAAGCAGAAGCUGAAGGACCAGAAAGCAGCUACGGUUCGCGUACUAGGAAUGUUUGCUCAACAUUUUUGCUGCAUUGAUUUGAUGCCAUGCGUGCCGUUUGCUUGCUUUUCCAUCACAGCUCCGGCCUUUUGUGUGUUUUACUAUAUGCGAUGACUAUGUUUCGCUUUCGUCUUUCCACAGGCCAAGGAAAUCCAGGCGGCGAAGGACAAGUGUAAGGCGGAGCUCGAGGCGGAAAGCGCGCGAUAUCAGAAAGAAUUGGAAAAAGCGAAAAGUGCCCACACAGAGCGCGAGUCCAAGAUCAGGCAGAAGCGGGAUGACAGAAUCACCGCACUGUCGGCAGAAUGAGGCCACUUGUGUGAUGUUGGCCUGCUGCCGGAGACAAAACGGACCAUGAAGAUUGUCAUUUUUAUAGGCUUGCAACAAGUCGCGAAGGUUUUUGUUUCUGCUAUGUUCUUAACCGUAAUGAGUACUCUUGUUUUGCUUGAGUAGAUGUAAGACAUCAAGGUAUGUUGACGCGAAGUUUGUUGUAGAUUCACUCCAAGGAGAUUGUGCGAAAUUGGCGCAAGCAAUGCAGCCUUUGGGGUUCUGCGUGUUCGGUUUUCUCCGGUUGAUUUUCGGCUGACAUGCUUCUUCUUCAUGACUGCUUUUGACAUUCAGCGUGUUUUUAUUGCUCAAAUUCUUG